AUGGAUCCUUAUUGCAACGGUUGUAAAACUUUUAAAUCGUGUCAUGAAUUUAUGGGUUAUGAUGCCAGAGGUGCACCUAAACAGUUUAAAACAUGUGAUAAAUGCCGUCCAAGGCUCAAUAAAAAACCAAAAAGACCUUUAGAGUCUGAUGACGAUGUUCAACUCCAUAACGA